AGCUAAACUUCACCUUUCAGCACCAGUUAAGGAUAUAAAUGUCUGUGUUUAAGAUGCUUAGUGAGGGUGAAAAUGCAAGAAAGACGUCCUGCUAUGAAGAGGAAUUCCAGAAACUUCCAGAGAGACGAAGGUUUCUCAUGAAAAAGAAAGAAAUUCUGAAGAAAAAGAUUAAACAGGAACUUGUGCUUGCCAAGAAAAAUAGCACGACAAACAGAACAGUGGCUCUGCAGGCGCUGAGAAGAAAGAAACGCCACGAGAAGCAGCUCGAAUACAUCGACUUCGCCUUCAAAGCGCUGAGAUCUGCUGAAGAACACAUAGAGAUUGUGAACAUGGUGAAUGAGCUGAUGGAGGAUAUUCAGGAGGAGCAGGACGUGAACGAAGACGCGUCCGACUCCGUCUACGCAUUCUGGUGCUUGGAAGUGGAAUUCGAUGAGGAUGAGCUGCUGGCGGAGCUGCAGAGGCUGGAGAAGAGUGUGGACGAGAGUCUCUUUGAGACGGACAAAGUGGACGAACCGACUGCGUCGCCUCCUCGUCCUGCCCAGACGGAGGAAGAGGAGAUUGAAAGUGACUUGGAGUAUCUGCGACGUUGGGCGAACAGCCGAUAAAAGACGCUGGUUCAGGACGGAGUUAAACACGCAGCAGUUACAGUGAUGAUUUAACGUCACCAAUGUGUUGAUGAGUCCGUGUUUUUUAAAGUGUUGACCCUCAUCCAGGGCAGAUUUUUAUGUUUUAUUAAAAUAAAACCUUUCCUACAGUA